CAUCAUUCACUCAAAAAUCACACAAGUUCUCUCAGUCUCAUUCGCACCCAACAACUCUAUAUUUCUCCUCUAACUCGAAAUCUUCAUGACUUCAUCUUUCUUUUCUCAUAUUCAAUCUCUGUCUUGUGUAGUAGUAAUUCCUACAAGUGAUCUCUAUGAUAUUAAUUAGUUCACUUUAUUAACUUUUCUUAUAUUUCCCAUGCUAUUUUCUGACAAGUUUUGACUUUCUCAACACUCAGCUUAUCUCUUCACUCUGCAUUGAAUGACUGAACAUUCAUGACUCAACAUUAAUGACAUGCAAUAUAUGCUAAUAGCAAGUUGGCAACUACUAUGACUCUAUGAGUGACUGAGACUGACACAGUCGCGUUUUCAUUUAUAUAUGCUUUGUUAAGCAAUGCCAUUGCCAUGCCAUGCAUGAUGAACCAAUCAACCUGCUUACAUCUUACAAAUUUCUAGAGAAACAUGUACAUGAAUGAUGAAUCACUCACAUGAAUCCUUUUUUCCUAAGCUGAAAAAACUCUCUGCUUUUUCUUCUCACAGUCCAAGAACAACCACCACCUCAUUCCAACAAACCUCAUAAAUUUGCACUUGCCUUCAUAAUUAAUUUGCCUCCUCAUUAACUGCAUCACUUUGCACCAAAACAAAUUCUCAGUUUCAUUCUGUAAUCUGUAGUAACCAAAAAUGGCUGCAACAAUGAGGAUGAAUUCAGCACUUGCUAUGCUGUUCCUGUUGUACUUUUCUUGUUAUGGUUUAGACAAUGAAAGCACUUUGAAAGUCCUUUUGGAGGUUAAAACAUCAUUUCUGGAAGACCCUGAGAAUGUUCUGAGUACUUGGUCAGAGAACAACACUGAUUAUUGUACUUGGAGAGGGGUAUCAUGUGGUGGAGUGAAGAACAAGGUGGUGGUCGGACUCGACCUGUCUGACUCGUCACUCAGUGGAUCAAUAUCACCCUCACUCGGUGGUUUGCAAACUCUGCUCCACCUUGAUCUCUCUUCGAACCUUCUCAAUGGCACCAUUCCUCCUACCCUCUCCAACCUCUCUUCGUUGGAGUCUCUGGUUCUCCACUCCAACCAGCUCAGUGGUCACAUUCCCACCGAGUUAGGCUCACUACUGAGUCUCCGAGUUCUGCUAAUCGGUGACAAUGACCUCACUGGUGUGAUUCCCGCGUCACUUGGUAAUCUGGUUAAUCUCGUUAGGCUUGGUUUAGCUUCAUGCAGCCUCACCGGUUCUAUUCCAUCUCAACUCGGGAAACUCACUGAGUUAGAAGAUUUGAUCCUGCAGUACAAUGAGUUGACUGGUCCGAUUCCAACUGAACUUGGGAGCUGCUCAAGCCUCACCACCUUCACUGCUGCAAAUAAUGGCCUCAAUGGCUCGAUCCCGAGUGAACUUGGUCAGCUCAGGAAACUCCAAACUCUCAACCUUGCCAACAACAGCUUAACAGGGGAGAUUCCGAGUCAACUCGGGAAACUCACUGAACUUCUUUAUCUGAAUUUACAGGGGAACCAGCUUGAGGGUGUUGUUCCAUCAUCACUAGCUCAACUGGGUAAGCUUCAAACUCUUGACUUGUCCAUGAACAUGCUCAGUGGAAGAAUUCCAGUGGAGUUAGGCAACUUAGGCCAGUUACAGUCCCUUGUUCUCUCUUGGAAUCGACUCUCUGGGACUAUUCCAAGGACCAUAUGUUCCAAUGCAACUAGUUUGGAGCAAUUGUUGAUAUCAGAGAAUGGACUAGAGGGUGAAAUCCCAGUUGAGUUGGGUCAAUGCCAUUCACUGAAACAGCUUGACUUGUGCAACAAUUCUCUCAGUGGAACAAUACCACUUGAAGUUUAUGGGUUGAAGAGGCUAACUCAUCUCUUGCUUUGCAACAACAGUUUGGUUGGUUCAAUCUCUCCCUUCAUAGGAAACCUCACAAACUUGGAGGGUCUUGGAUUGUAUUACAACCACUUGCAGGGUCCUCUGCCUAGAGAGAUUGGGAAGCUUGAGAAGCUGCAAAUACUUUAUCUCUAUGACAACAUGUUAUCAGGGAACAUACCUUUGGAGAUUGGCAAUUGUUCAAGUUUGCAGAUGAUUGAUUUCUUUGGGAACAAUUUCACUGGGAAGAUUCCCAACACUAUUGGGAGAUUGAAAGAGUUGAGCUUUCUUCACCUUAGGCAGAAUGAUCUUGUAGGUGAGAUUCCCACUACCCUUGGUAAUUGUCAUAAUCUGACUAUACUGGAUUUGGCAGAUAACUAUCUCUCAGGUGGUAUUCCUGCAACAUUUGGAUCCCUCAGAGCCUUGCAGCAGUUAAUGCUCUACAACAAUUCUCUUGAAGGUAGCCUUCCUCACCAACUUAUUAAUCUAGCAAACUUGACAAGAGUGAAUCUUUCAAAUAACAGUCUCAAUGGUAGUUUGGUUCCAUUGUGUAGCUCUCGGAAGUUUCUUUCUUUUGAUGUCUCAAAUAAUGCAUUUGAAGGUGAAAUCCCCUCUCAACUGGGAAACUCACCCUCACUUGACAGGCUAAGAUUAGGUAAUAACAAGCUUUCUGGUCAAAUCCCAAGGACAUUGGGAAAAAUCACUAAACUGUCAUUGUUAGACCUCUCUAUGAAUUCACUUAUAGGACAAGUACCAGAUGAGCUUUCUUUGUGUAGUUACCUAUUGGUCAUUCAUUUAAAAAACAACCUUCUUGCUGGGCACAUGCCAUCAUGGCUUGGAAAAUUGCCUCUAUUGGUAGAGCUUGAUCUCUCUUUCAAUCAAUUUUCUGGUCCUCUUCCACAAGGCUUAUUCAAACUACCCAAGUUGAUGUUUCUGUCUUUGAGUAACAAUUCUCUUAAUGGAACUCUCUCGGAUGAUAUUGGUGAUCUUGAAUCCCUUGAAAUUCUCAGACUUGAUCAUAAUCAAUUCUUUGGACCAAUCCCUCAUUCAAUAGGUAAGUUGGGGACGAAUAGAGAGCCAGGGACAAAUUUUCGAGAGCUCCAACUAUCCGGGAAUAGCUUUAGUGGUGAGAUACCGCCUGAGAUUGGUAAUCUUAAAGAUCUCCGAACCAUUUUAGACCUGAGUAACAAUAAUCUCUCUGGUCACAUCCCAUCUUCACUUAACUUGCUUUCAAACUUGGAAGCACUUGAUCUUUCGCACAAUCAACUCACUGGAAAAGUUUCUCUAUCACCUAGUGACAGUGAAAUGGGGAGCUUGGUGAAGUUUAAUAUCUCUUACAAUAACCUUGAAGGUGAAUUGGAUAAGCGAUUCUCUCGCUGGCCACGUGGCAUGUUUGAAGGGAACCUUCAUCUUUGUGGAGCCUCUCUUGGGCCCUGCAAUCCCGGCAAUAAGCCAUCAGGCUUAAGUCAGAUAUCAGUGGUCAUAGUUUCUGCCAUUUCUACUUUAUUUGCAAUUGCACUACUAGUACUUGCAGUGACUAUGUUCAAGAAAAACAAGCAAGAUUUUCUUUGGAAAGGCAGUGAAUUCGGUCGUGCUUUCUCCUCCUCCUCUUCAUCACAAGCAAAGAAACAACCACCAUUCCUUCUAAGUGCUGCUGGAAAAAUUGAUUUCAGGUGGGAAGACGUCACAGCUGCCACAAACAAUUUGAGUGAUGACUUCAUAGUUGGUGCGGGAGGUUCUGGGACAGUCUAUAGAGUUGAAUUUCCCACUGGAGAAACUGUGGCUGCCAAGAAGAUUUCAUGGAAAGAUGAGUAUCUGUUACACAAGAGUUUCAUGAGAGAAGUUAAGACAUUGGGGAGGAUCAGGCAUAGACAUCUGGUGAAACUGUUAGGUUGUUGCAGCAAUAGGAACAAAGGAGGAACUGGUUGGAAUCUGCUGAUAUAUGAGUACAUGGAGAAUGGGAGUGUAUGGGAUUGGCUUCAUGGAAAUCCUCUCAGAGCAAAGAAGAAGGGUCUAGAUUGGGACACGAGGUUCAAUAUUGCUCUUGGAUUAGCUCAAGGAGUGGAGUACCUUCAUCAUGAUUGUGUGCCAAAGAUCAUUCAUAGAGACAUCAAAUCCAGCAACAUAUUACUAGAUUCCAGAAUGGAUGCACACUUGGGAGAUUUUGGACUAGCAAAAUCACUCAUUGAGAAUAAUGACUCUAAUACUGAGUCAACUUCUUGCUUUGCAGGGUCUUAUGGUUACAUAGCCCCAGAGUAUGCAUACACACUGAAGGCAACAGAGAAGACUGAUGUGUACAGCAUGGGGAUUGUGCUUAUGGAGCUUGUAAGUGGUAGGAUGCCAACUGAUGCAGGUUUUGGAGCAGGCAUGGACAUGGUGAGGUGGGUAGAGAUGCACAUUGACAUGGAAGGAACUGCGCGUGAGGGAGUGAUAGAUCCUGAGUUGAAACCUCUUUUACCUGGUGAGGAGUUUGCUGCAUUCCAAGUUCUUGAGAUAGCUGUUCAGUGCACAAAAACUGCACCACAAGAGAGGCCUUCAUCAAGGCAAGUGAGUGAUCUUCUUGUGCAUGUGGCUAAGAACAAAAAGGUGAACUUUGAGAAGAUUGAAGAGAAAGGCAGGGAUAUUUGAUGUUAUUUUAGAGUUCUAGCAAGCAACUAAAAUUGGCCAUACAUGCCAUAUGUUUCCACUUGUUUAUCUGGUAUACUCGUGUGUUUGAUUUUGUGUGAUUAAUUGUAGCAUUUCAGUCAGUAUGUUUCA